AUGGAGGGAGAGGUCGACAAAUUCGUUGUGGUUUGGAUAGUAGUAUUGGCAUGUCUUCUUUAUUCUUACACAAUAGGAACGUUAAUCCCCCAAGGAACUACUAGACUUGUAGCUUUGUCCAUGGUUACAUGCCUCUUUCUAUGGCUUCCACUCAAUCUAACCACCAUGCACCUCGGUGGUUUAACCUCUUUCUUUAUAGCUUGGCUUGCAAAUUUCAAACUUCUUCUCUUUGCUUACGGGAAAGGUCCCCUUUCUUCAAAUCCACCAAUCCCAUUGCUGCGCUUUGUCCCUAUGGCAUGUCUACCAAUAAAGGCCGUUCAUACUCCAUCUACUUCAAGCCCUGAAAGUUCGACUCAAGUGAUCAAGAAGAAGGUGAAGAAGAUAUCUUUAUUCAAGAUCCUGUUGUUUGGGACGUUACUUAAGGUGUAUGAUUAUAAUGAAUAUAUUCAUCCUAAACUUAGGAUGUCUUUGUACUGCUUCCAUAUCUACUUCAUGCUUGACAUAGUACUAGCCAUGGUUGCAUAUGUCGCUCGAACCCUGGUGCAAAUGGAACUAGAGCCACAGUUCGAUGAGCCAUAUCUAGCUACUUCCCUCCAAGACUUUUGGGGAAGAAGAUGGAACCUGAUGGUCACUAGCAUUCUACACCCAACCAUAUAUGAUCCUGUUCGUUCCAUUUGUAUACGCUUGGUGUCGAGGGAAUGGGCAUCACUAGUUGCAAUCUUUACCUCGUUUUUAGUUUCAGGGUUGAUGCAUGAGUUCAUCUUUUAUAACAUUGGAAGGCUGAAACCUACCGGCGAAGUUACUUGCUUCUUUUUAUUACAUGGAGUAUUGGUGAGUGUUGAAGUUGCCAUCAAGAAAGCAACAAAGGGAAAGUUACAUUUCCCUCCCAUUGUGUCUCGACCUUUAACGUUAGGAUGUGUCCUCACUACUUGCUUUUGGUUGUUCUUUCCACCUUUUCUACGGUUCAAACCGGAUGUUCGUGGAUGUCAAGAAAGUGUUGCGUUUUUAGAGUUUGUGACCAACGGUCGGCUAAUAAGCCCUGCUAAUGCUUCAUGCCCGUAUCUACUAUAA